AACAAAGGAUAUUCAUAAACAUGAAUGUCUUGAACCAAUGGGUUUAGAAAAUGGAUUAUUAAAUAAUGCUCAGUUGUCAUCUUCAUCAUUUCAUGAUUGGAACCAUGGUGCAGAAGAUGCUCGAAUUGGUCAAAACAGUUGGGUUGCUGGAAAGUUAGAUGAUAACCAAUAUUUACAAAUCAAUUUCUUAGAACCAAGAAAUAUAUCAGCAGUUGUUACUCAAGGACGAGAAGACAUUGAACAAUGGGUAACUGCUUAUUCAGUAUCUUACAGUAAUGAUGGAACGAAUUGGAAUUCAAUAUUAGAUGAAAAAGGAAAUCCACAGAUUUUUCCAGGAAAUUUUGAUAGUGUUACUAAAACAACUGCUUAUCUGCCUCAAAUGCUUCGAGCCCAAUACAUAAGAAUAAUACCAAAAAGAUGGAAUAACUGGAUAAGUUUAAAGCUUGAGAUUUUAGGUUGCUUUCAUCCUUAUUUAAGUGUAAUGCCAACAACAAUUGGAGAAUCUGUGCUUUCUAAUAAAGUGACAACUGUUGAACCUUAUUCAACAUGCAGAGAACCAAUGGGUUUAAGAGACAAACUCUUACCAGAUCAUUUGCUAUAUGUAUCAUCAGCAGUUGUAAACAGUGGUGCAUCACGUUUGCGACUAAAUACCAUUACAGAAAAUGGAAAAACUGGUGGUUGGGUUCCAGGCAUGGAAGAUGAGCAUCCUUAUGCACAAAUUGAUUUUGUUAAACCUUCUACUUUAACUGGUAUUAUAACCCAAGGUAAAGUAAUAAUUUAA